ACAACUCUAUCCCAACCCCCACCAUCACCCUCAUUGCACCCACCCAUCAUGUCCAAACUCUUCACGCUCCUCCCCCUCCUCCUCACCACAACCCUCACCACCCUCCCCCACCUAACAACCGCCUACUUCUACACCUACCCCGCCCUCUUCAUCUACAAAGACUACAACUGCAGCCAAAUCUCCUGGUCGCUCGUCUACCCGACCCUGGGCGCCUGCAACAGCGGAUACUGGAACUACGCGGGCUCAGUUCAAAUGUUCAACAUCGAGACCCCGUAUACGUGUGACGCCGGUCAAACCCUGACCUUCGAACUGUAUAAUAGUUCGGGUACGGGUUGUGCGGAUGAGACUGAUUUGUUGUUUCGGCAGGCGGUUACGGAGGAGUGUUCCCCUGCGGAUGUGGAGAGUCCGGGGCCGCUGGAGAUGCCGAUUUGGUUUCGUUUGGAAUGCUUGUAGUUUUUUGUGAGGGUAGUGGGGUGGUUGGGGGGAGGAGGG